AUGACCAGCAAUCCCGGGCAAAGUCCGCUAUCUGAAGUGAGCCCAGUGGCUCAACGAAGAAACUCCCCCAGCUGGAACCAAACCACUAAGAUGAUGAAAACACAAGAUGCGUCGCCCUAUGAGGCUCCAGCUUCACCGCGUCUUUUCUGGCAAGGCCGGGAAUCAGGAUCCCCCUUCCAUAGAAGCUCAGAGAACCAGAACCUCUAUGAUCCUGAUGUCUCAACGUAUACUCCCUCGAAGCGCCCAUCUUUGGAAAACCUGAAGCGCGCCUCGAGGGUCAAGAAUAACAACAUGUUCCGCGACCACAAUGCAGAAUAUGACCCCACGCAAGUCUAUGUUCCGCAGAGACCUUUGGCCCUCAACCGGUCAUCCCAGAGGCAAGCGCAGAACGCACCAUCAGCACAGCAGCCCGACCCCCAGGACUCCAACCCGAUCGGCCCACGCCCCCCUUCCCCGAGCAAGGAUCAGGUGGCCCCGGCAAAAUCGUCGCUGUCCCGGGCUAGUCGAUUCGGUGUUAAGGACGCUGCUUUCGACCCCGAGAGCGAGAUUUGGUCGGACAUCGACGGUAGUCGACAUGCUAAGAGCGUAAAAUUCGAUGCGGCUCCUCCUCAAGUGAAUGAAUAUGAAAUGACAACCCCGGAUCCAUCCUCAGUCGCCUCCGACUCUCGUGAAGGCAGCUAUGACUCCGAGGAAAAUGAGAACGAUAUCAGCUUCGAUCGGGAAUCCUCACUCGAACGCGACGACAGCUUCGACGCAUCCCUGGAAGACCUCGAGAAAACACCAGUGGUUCUGCCGGAGGACUGGCGCUAUAUGAGCCCCGAAACUGCGAAUGACGAAAUGGUCGAAGAGGAAGAGGGUCAGUUCAUCGAGGAUGACGAAGACCAUAGCCCCAUCCCCCGCCCGUCCUCCCAGCAAGAGCAUCCCGUGCAGCCUGCCCGGGUCGAGUCAAUGGAUUCAAAUGUUGAUCGCCGUCCCCUUCCGCCUCUCCCUCCUUCUAACCGGCCUCAAUUCCCCCAGCGUGGAUCGCCGGGGAAGAUGACGGCCGCUUUUGAGCUUGGAAGUGGAAAUCAGCGCGUUCUUCCUUCUCCACCAGCACCCGCAUCGUAUAGCAAAUCUGACAUCACGGAACGGAACCACGGCCAUAUGUCCCUGGAAGAGAGGCUACGUCUGAUGAUGAUCGAGAAGAAGGAGCCGAUCACUGAGGAAAUCGAACUGGAUGGUCCGGAGACACCCAAGGCUCUUCCUGAAGAGCCACAGGAGCAGAUUGCGGUCACGGAUGCCCCACCCACCCAGGAAACAGAUACUGCAGCGGAGGAGGACGCAGAUGUUUACACCCCUCCGCGCAUCUCGAGGGAUUCGAUUCUCCGAGAUCUGCGUAAGAGCGAAAGCUUCCUGGAUGACUCCUUUGAGGAUGCUUCUCAGGCGGAGUCGAGUCCCAACCAUUAUUUCGAUUAUGACCCGGACGUCCCGAUUCCUUCUAUGGAGCACGACCAUGAUGAUAGCCACGACUAUGACGAUGAUGAUGACGAUGAGACCAGCAGUGUGAUCAUCAAGCCUGAAGAGCAUGAUGAUUCUCUUUACGACAUUCCAGAAUACUAUGAAAACGUAAAUUCGGAGCAAUCCUCUUCGCAAAGCUUGAAGGAUAAGGUGGAUGAUGACGAAAGUCGUUACUCCAGCCAACCUCCCGAAGAGGUGUCCGUGCUGGAGGAGGAUGACACGCAAGACUUUGAGGACAGGCAAUCCACCCCACUUGCUACCGUGCAGACGCAAGAGACGCCGGUCAAUGUUGCUGUCGACGCUCCAGCUGAUGAGCCGGUUAAUGAGCUGAAUGAUGAGCUAGUUGACGAAUCACUCGAUGAGUCUCAAUUAUCUUCCAUCAGUGAAAGGUCUGCUGAUAAGAUGGCCGCCAUGCGGGAGUCACUCCAGCGCCCAUCGACACCGGAUAGCCAGAAUCAAUUAUCGGAGCCCUCUACCCCUGAUUCUGUUGUUCGACACCCUGUGGCUGACGAGCAGAGCGAUCGCGAGGUCUCGCCAGACGAGAGUGUACCGGAUCCGAUUGCAACCGUCAAAGCACCAGGAACUCGCCUCAAGACGCGUCCCUCACUGACCCCAGCCGAUAUGGAACAGAUGGCAGCCACUCGCCGGAAAGUAAGCGGACAGGUGCCACCGCCGAUGCCAUAUCUUACCAAACAGGAAUCCAACGAAUCCCAGGAAUCAGCACCCGGCGAUGCUGUGCCAUCCCUACCUCCACCCGUACAGGAGAAUCAACGACAGAGUAGUCUUGUGAAGCUGGACAUUCCGUUCAGCAUCCAGGAAGAAGAGAGUCUUGGAUUUGGAUUGGACAAAGAAUUCGACAGGGUCAUUGAAUCUCAAAAGGUGGCGUUUGAACAUUCCCUCUCCCAACUGCGUCUCCACGGCCAGGAAGCACCCAAGCAUGGACCAGCCCCCCAGUUCUUGAGUUUGAGACAGUGGACUAAUAACAAUCGCCCCAAACAGAGAGGUUAUCUUAUGCGGCACAAUACCAAGGUUAUCAUUGCGAGCAGCAGCACCGAAGAUGACACUUUGCCGACUCCAGGAGAAGAUCCAGCUGAAUCUCGAGCUACACGCGCUGCUCCCACGCCGCGUAAGGCCAGCCAGCAGACUUGGACCACCGUACCCUGGAACGGUCAGACUCGCCGGGCGAGUAUGAGAACGGCCAGUGGAGUAGUUCGAAAGAAGACUGCGUCUGGCCCGGUACCACCGCUCCCAGGCCAGCAAAGCAGCGUCCAGGAGCCGUCAACCACGAUCGAGGAGGCGGAGCCUGCUCUCAAUGGCGCUCUUGAGGAGGGUGAAGAGCGGGGCCGUCUUUUUGUCAAGGUUAUUGGCAUGAAAUACCUCGAUCUGCCUCUGCCACGAGGUGAGAGAUCGUACUUUGCUCUUACUUUGGACAACGGCCUGCAUUGCGUCACCACCUCUUGGUUGGAACUAGGCAAGACAGCGCCCAUCGGCCAGGAGUUCGAGCUCAUUGUCCAACAGGACCUUGAGUUCCAGCUGACCUUGCAAAUGAAGGUGGACGAGGAGAAAUUCCGAGUGCAGGAGCCUGCCCCUACUGCCUCGCCUAGUCGCACCAAGACUUCCACGUUUAGCCGUGUGUUUGCUUCUCCGCGCAAGCGCAAGGAACUUGAGAUGAAGCAGCAACUUGCCACCCAGCAAAGCAAAGCCAAAGAUAUCAACGCCCCUGUGUGGGAACGAUUGAGGACUUUGGUCGCCAGAGAUGGCAGUUUUGCGCGCGCAUAUGUCUCUCUUAGUGAUCAUGAGAAACACGCGUAUGGUCGGCCUUACAAUGUUGAUAUCGCGUGCUUCAAUGAAUGGGCAGUCGAAGAGCAGCCGAGCAGUGUCAAGAGCAAGAAGAGUACGACGAGUACGACUUCUCAGCGAAGACCUCCUUACAAAAUUGGCAAGCUGGAGCUCCAGCUGUUGUUUGUCCCCAAGCCUAAGGGUGCCAAGGAGGAGGAUAUGCCCAAGAGCAUGAACGCCUGCAUUCGGGAAAUGCGUGAGGCGGAGAGCGUCUCUGCUCGUAGUUACGAGGGAUUUUUGUCACAGCAGGGUGGCGACUGCCCGUACUGGCGCCGUCGCUUCUUCAAGCUUCAGGGAUCCAAAUUGACCGCCUACCACGAGACCACCCGUCAACCCCGUGCCACGAUCAACCUUUCGAAGGCAGUCAAGUUGAUCGAUGACCGAUCUUCGCUGAUGCAGAAAGAGACCACCACCCGGGGUGGUGGCCGUCGCAAGUCUGCGUUUGCUGAGGAAGAGGAAGGCUACAUGUUCGUGGAGGAAGGGUUCCGUAUUCGCUUCGGCAACGGCGAAGUGAUUGAUUUCUACGCUGACAGCGCGGUCGACAAGGACGGAUGGAUGAAGGUCCUGGCCGAUGCGGUGGGCAAAGGAUCUUCAGGAAGCAGCCAAGCCAAGCUCUGGACCGAGAUGGUCCUCAAGCGGGAGCGGAGUAUGAAAGUGAAACGGGAAUCCACCGCUGCUGCCCCUGGUGCUUCCGCUCCUGCCGUGCCCACUGCUCCUGCUCCUGCUCCUCCUGUUCCUUCUGCUGUCGAACAUCGCCUCAGCCAAAUUCCUCCCCCGCCUCCUGCCAAACCCACCUCGUCCAUUCCGAUGCCGACGGCGCCGGCGCCGACCUCGGCCUCCAAACCUCGACACAAGCACACCCAAUCUCAGCCGGACGUUCGCGGUGCGGAUGCUCGACGACAGAAGACCCGGUCCUUGAUGUUCUAG